CCCAGAGGCGGAGUCUUGGACAGAGUUCGUGGUUGCCAUGGUGACAGGCAUCUGAAGCCUUCCCCCGGAAGACUGCGCAUCAGGCACAUCUGUUCUAUGUUCUGGAAUGAUACCAGGGAGGCUACAUGGCGACCUUGCUAGGCAACCAAAACUGCAUGGAAAGUUUGAGGAAGGACAUCACUGAUCUGCAAGGAACAGUCAUCAGUGUUUUCUCCCGAGCUGGGGCUGUGCGCUAUCCUUCCUGGAAGUUUCCUGACAAAGUGUCAUGUGACCUGGACCUGGUGGCUUUAUUGGACCAUUAUGAUUAUGUCGAAAAUGAACUGGAAUUUACUGAGCACUCCCAUGUGGUUCUCCUGGAACUAGUGAUUGACAGGCUUAUGUUGGUGCUUCAGAGCUUUACGGCAUACACUGAGAACGUGAUCAGCGAACAAGCUGUGCCCCCAUCCCGAGUGACAGGACCCUACAUGUCUGUUGGGCUGGCUGUGAGAAAGUGCUGGAAUGGCAUGCAGAAAUGGGGAACCCUCUAUCACCAGCUUGUGGCUGAGAAAAAACAUAAGGAAGAUAUCUCCAGUUUGAAGUCUUCCCUGCCGGAGGCAAGGGCCGAGAGUGAGCGUUUUAAAAGCUGUCCAUCAACCCUUUCAGAGUCAGAUGUGACUUUGCCCAGCUUCCAGUCUUCUCCUUUGACCAUGUCAGCCAGCAGUGGACACCUGGACAGUGCCAUCAGAGUCUCCUCUCAGGCACAGAUAUGUAAGGAUGUUUGCAGGCAUGUCCAGAGCACCCAUACUCAAACCAUUGAGACGUCCCUAGUAUCGUGUGAUGCAUGUGAGAGGGCCCAGGGCAGCCUCAGGGAAGUGGGUAACGCCAUCAUCCACAUCUGCAGCAGCCAGAACCUCCCAUCAUCUUUGAGCCGAUUCCUUCAGCUGAUUGAUGAAACCCUCGGUCAGAAACCCCUCACAGCCACGGACAUGAGCUACUGGGCAUCCGAGCAAAGCAAAGACCUCUCCCGGAUCAAUAAACACUUCCGGGCACUGACAGGGCUUGUUAAUCCUUUGAAGGAAGAGCUGGAAGCAGCUGAGAAACAAAAGGAGGCGUUGAAGAAGCAGUUGGAGACCUUCCAGAGCUGCCUGGAGAAGGAGAAAGAAGCCCAGGAGGAACAGAGGAAGGAGACGGAGCUGAUAUUCAAAAAAAAGAAUGCAGAAAGUCUGCAGCUUGUGGCUGCACUUGAGAAGGACAAAGAGGAUCUCCAGGAAAGAGAAGUUUUCUUGGAGCUGCAAAUCUCAACCUUGAAAGACAAGCUUCAGCAACAGCAAACUACUUUCCAAGAGAUGGAGCGGACCAACAGCAAUCAGCUGCAGGAGAUGCACGUGAAGAUGAUGGACAUGGUGGACAAGAGCCAAGUGACCAGCCUGGAGGCCCAGCUGGCAGUCCUGUCUCGCCAGCUGGACAGCACAAAGCAGCAGCUGAACUGGACCACCGCUGAGCUUGACAAAGAGAAGGCCACAGUGGAGAGCAUGCUCCGUCACAAAGAGUCCCUCCAGGUCAAGCAAAGGGCUCUCAUGCAGCAGCUGGAUAAUCUGGACCAGGAAUGUGAGCAGCUAAAAACUGACCUGGUUGACAGGGAAGAUGACGCAUGCAUGCUGCUGGAGCAGGUGAAGGGACUCAAAGAAGAGAAGCAGCAGAUCCAGGACCAUAUGAAAGCACAGCAGGAACUCCUGGAGAGAGCACAGCAGGAAAAGCAGAGCAUGGAGCUGUCCAUAGCUGAGCUCCAAAGGACCAUAUCGAAGUUGGGAGAGAGAAACCAGGAGCUGAAGGAGAAGGAGAGGCUCCUGGUGUUUUUCCCGGACCUUCACGUUCCUGUGGAGACACAGUUUGAAAGCACGGGGGAUAUCAUGGAAGACAUGGGAAAGCAGCUGCAGGCCAACAACAUCCGUAUCAGUGUCCUGGAGGAAGAAAACUCGCGCCUUCGAGCUGCUGUAGCCAAGAUGAAAGAGCAGGCCCAACAGGAAGCACCAAAACUUGUCCCGCCAACACAGCUGUGGAUUCCAUCUGCCAAAACCGGGUAUGAAGACAGCUUGGUGCAGUCUCCCACAGGGGAAUGUUGCAGGGAAGUAACAGGUUUCCAGAGAGCAUCGGCAAAAUCCACUAAUAAUCAAGCUGGCUCAGGAAGCAGGGCUCAGAACAGAUCUCAGAGCAGCCGUACCCCCAGCAGAGACAGCUCCAUCUCACACAAGACAUCUGUUAGCUCACUGAAGAAGUCCAUACAGGCUGCCCAAAAUGUAGCAUUCCAGUUCACUUUUCCCUGCGAGGACUCAACCAUUGGCACCAAUGCCAGAGGGAAGGGGAAAAGCAAAGGCAGGCCCUCAGCCCAUUACACCCGGAGCCACCAGAAAUAAAAGCCCUCAACAGAAACAAUUGCAGAUGGUUGCCAAGGACAUCACUGGGAUUCAGCAGUGAGGCGGGGCUUGGAACUUGGUGGUAAAGAGCAGACAGUGGCUGGACCACAUGGGAGCAGCCAGCUCAUGUACGCCACCUUGAAUCACUGUUUUAGGGGACUGUUGUGAUUGGCUGGUGAAGACGGGGGAGUCCUUUGUAAAAGCAACCCCUCCGUCUGACCCACGAAGGUGUUCCUGAAUGGCAGGACAGUUUCUGAGGGCAUGCAAUUUAAUGGGGCCUUUACCAUUCUGCAAAGAAGAUCUUGUGCUUUAUGUGACCCAAAGGAGUACCAGAAAAAGGGGAUGUAGGGAAUUGGGUUUCAAUAAAAAAAUGUAUAGGCUUUUGUAUGCAGUUCAUGUAGCUGUAUGAGCUGCAGAGGAAACAAGACAAGGGAGCAAAGAUGGCUCUUUCUCUUCACAUUUCACCAUGUCCAGGACCAUUGUAGGCAGAAGCCACUGACUGUCUAUCCUGUAUCCUCUUGGAGAUCAAGGGGUUCUAAACAUGAGUAGCCCUUUCUUAUGUGGCUAGGAAGUUGCUAAGGAACGCUGGAGCCCCCUCCUCUGCCAGUACAUGCCAUGACUGAAGAAGUUGGGCAACCUAGUGUUGAUAGGCAGUAUUGAUGGCCAGUGGAGCGUCUUCCCACACAGACCACUUCUCUUCAGGUUGUUAGGGGCACAAACUUAGUUCAUCCUCGCCUCUGCCUCCAAGUUGAGGAAAAUACCAUAGCCACAGGCAAAGCUACUGACUUAUUACGUCUUCACUGACCUUUCCAAAGAAGCAAACUUUUGCCUCAUCAUGAGUGACAAGUUUCUGAGCCUUCGGCCUGAGAAAACAGGCGGUCAUGAAAGGAGGCUACAUGUCGCAACUCUGCAUGAGUUCAUGUUAGAUUCUUUCCAAUGAGAAAGGAUGCACAGAAAUAAAUGUUUUGGAAUAUAAUUAUUCGUUCAGAAAAAAUAAUAAGGGAGCCCUGUGUCCUCAGUCCUUUGAGAAACACUUUCCUCCCUCUUACCAUCCUAGAACAAGAGUGGGGAAAGGCACAUUUAACCUUUUAAAACCAGGUCAGGCCCUCAAGUGAGACUCCAUUCAGUGCUAAGGAACUUCCUCAGUCCCACUUGGGGAUUCUUGAUGUCUUCCCCACUCUGUCAGUACCUGUGCCUAACUCUGACGUGCCUUGACAGCCUCAUCGCUAAGAGGCAAUCAGAAACAAAUAGCAGGGUCUUCAAGCAGUAAAGGGGGAGGGGGGAGGCAAUGCAAGGGUAGGAUGAUAUAAAGACGAGCGCACGUUAUUCCUUGCUUGGUUUUUAUUAGUAUGGGGGCUUUACAUGCCCAAGUGAUGCCUUGAGUCCUGCAACCCAACUGGGGCUGAGUUUACAGCACUUCCACAGUAUUGCUCAGCCCUGCAGAUACUGUCAGGCUCUUCUCUAAUAAGUUAGCAUAAAUUAGCAAGCAUUGGUAAUCCAUCUGACCCACCCACCCACCCCCCAGGAGCCCUUCCUGCCCUCAAGUUGUCUAAACAAUACGACUGUAAAGGUAAAUGCAGCAGCCCGAGGCUCAUUUCCCCAAGAGGGGAGACCACUGGCCAUCUCCAACGCAGCCAGGUACAGCAGGAUUCACACCAUCUGGUUAUGCCACUGGACACACCAAAAGGGCAACAAAUUCAAUCCGGAGUGAAGACAGACAAUGGGGUCCAAGAACAGAUGAACGCAUUAUUUUACAUACGUACGUUUCCCAUCCCAAGGAAGCCCAAUGUGCUAAGAGUGUUGCUUCCUCGUUACCCUAAGCAGCUGCCAAGCCAAAAGGCUCCAUGGGUCAAAGUUCUGUCUCCUUCUCACACCACUUUCUCCUGGAGCACUGGCAGAUCGGUCCUCAAGGAUAGCCGCAGUCUAGCUAGCUAUCCCCGCAGCAGUUUCCUAGAAAGAAGAAGGUUUCUGUUAGAAGGACAAGGACCCGAAGGGUGACUGAGGAACCUCCUGACUGAUGGUCUCAGACCAGCUGUUCCUCCUUUUUGCUGUUAAGGGGGGAAGGGUAGAGAAAGAGGCUUUAUUGGCUAUUGUCACGUGGACCUCUUGAAAGAUUAUCAUGUAAGUCUGGUAAGGGUGACCCAGAGACCCUGGGAACUUAUAUAGCUCCCUUUUCCCCGAACAAAGAACAAGUUUGUUCUUAGCAAAGUUUUUUUUAAAAAGACACUGAGCACUUUCCUUCUGAUAGGAAGCAGCACAUUUUAAUAGAAAAGGACACGUGCCUCUAACUAUGUGCCUAGUGCCAUCCCUCUCGUCAGCCUCAUUUUCUUUUUUGUAACGUGUAGAAAAAGUAGAAAUAUUGAGCAUAAACAUAUCCUGGCUUUGGGAUAAUAAAUUAGCACAGCACAUGAAUCAAACUCACCAGCAUUCAGUGCAAAGCUUGAGCUCUGAAACCGGCUUUGGAAACUAAGGAAUGUAUGAAACUACAAUAAAGAUUGCCUCUAAGAAUA